AUGACAGAAUCCAACCCAACCAUCAACUUGACCGAUGCCACCCCGAGUAGCGAGGGCAACACUGGACCGGCGGCAGCUGGGACUGUGGAAGCGGCGGCGUCCAUAUUGAUGGAGGCGGGGGUGAACUUUGCGGAGCUGCAGCUUCCGCAAGGAUUACAGCGAUUCGAUCUUACUUUCAAUACCGGCGCCACAACCAACAAUGAUGGAUCGGUUACGAUGGACCCGACCUUCGUGGAAAAGCAGAUAGCCUUCUUUGAAGAGCAGAGAGCCUUCAACAAAAGACUGGAAGCCAAAGUGGACAAAAUGCUCGCGAAUCAAGCUCAGAUCAAGGCCAACCUCGUCGCUCAUGGCCUUUGGGAAGCUACCGGUACUAGCAACAGUCAGUAG